GAUUUACUACUUGAAAGGAGGAGAUACUCUUCAUCUCUACAUUUGAGAAACAACAGCGGAUCAUCAAAUAAACCAGAGGGUCCACCAUGAGACCCGUGGACCAAAAGUGGUCCUCCAUAGGGUCCAACAUGAGGCCCGUGGUCCAAAAGUGGUCCUCCAGAGGGUCCAACAUGAGACCCGUGGACCAAAAGUGGUCCUCCAGAGGGUCCAACAUGAGGCCCGUGGACCAAAAGUGGUCCUCCAAAGGGUCCAACAUGAGGCCCUUGGUCCAAAAGUGGUCCUCCAGAGGGUCCAACAUGAGGCCCGUGGUCCAAAAGUGGUCCUCCAGAGGGUCCAACAUGAGGCCCGUGGACCAAAAGUGGUCCUCCAGAGGGUCCAACAUGAGGCCCUUGGUCCAAAAGUGGUCCUCCAGCGGGUCCAACAUGAGACCCGUGGACCAAAAGUGGUCCUCCAGAGGGUCCAACAUGAGGCCCGUGGACCAAAAGUGGUCCUCCAAAGGGUCCAACAUGAGGCCCUUGGUCCAAAAGUGGUCCUCCAGAGGGUCCAACAUGAGGCCCGUGGUCCAAAAGUGGUCCUCCGGAGGGUCCAACAUGAGGCCCGUGGACCAUAAGUGGUCCUCCGGAGGGUCCAACAUGAGGCCCGUGGACCAAAAGCGGUCCUCCAAAGGGUCCAACAUGAGGCCCGUGGUCCAAAAGCGGUCCUCCAGAGGGUCCACCAUGAGACCCGUGGACCAAAAGCGGUCCUCCAGAGGGUCCAACAUGAGGCCCGUGGACCAAAAGCGGUCCUCCAGAGGGUCCAACAUGAGGCCCGUGGUCCAAAAGCGGUCCUCCAGAGGGUCCAACAUGAGGCCCGUGGACCAAAAGCGGUCCUCCAGAGGGUCCACCAUGAGGCCCGUGGACCAAAAGUGGUCCUCCGGAGGGUCCAACAUGAGGCCCGUGGUCCAAAAGUGGUCCUCCAGAGGGUCCAACAUGAGGCCCGUGGACCAAAAGCGGUCCUCCAGAGGGUCCAACAUGAGGCCCGUGGACCAAAAGCGGUCCUCCAGAGGGUCCACCAUGAGGCCCGUGGACCAAAAGUGGUCCUCCGGAGGGUCCACCAUGAGACCCGUGGACCAAAAGCGGUCCUCCAGAGGGUCCAACAUGAGGCCCGUGGACCAAAAGCGGUCCUCCAGAGGGUCCAACAUGAGGCCCGUGGUCCAAAAGCGGUCCUCCAGAGGGUCCAACAUGAGGCCCGUGGACCAUAAGUGGUCCUCCGGAGGGUCCACCAUGAGACCCGUGGACCAAAAGCGGUCCUCCGGAGGGUCCAACAUGAGACCCGUGGUCCAAAAGCGGUCCUCCAGAGGGUCCAACAUGAGGCCCGUGGUCCAAAAGCGGUCCUCCAGAGGGUCCAACAUGAGGCCCGUGGACCAUAAGUGGUCCUCCGGAGGGUCCACCAUGAGACCCGUGGACCAAAAGCGGUCCUCCAGAGGGUCCAACAUGAGACCCGUGGUCCAAAAGCGGUCCUCCAGAGGGUCCAACAUGAGGCCUGUGGACCAAAAGUGGUCCUCCAGAGGGUCCAACAUGAGACCCGUGGUCCAAAAGCGGUCCUCCAGAGGGUCCAACAUGAGGCCCGUGGACCAUAAGUGGUCCUCCGGAGGGUCCACCAUGAGACCCGUGGACCAAAAGCGGUCCUCCAGAGGGUCCAACAUGAGACCCGUGGACCAAAAGCGGUCCUCCAGAGGGUCCAACAUGAGGCCCGUGGACCAAAAGCGGUCCUCCAGAGGGUCCAACAUGAGGCCCGUGGUUCAAAAGUGGUCCUCCAGAGGGUCCAACAUGAGGCCCGUGGUCCAAAAGUGGUCCUCCGGAGGGUCCAACAUGAGGCCCGUGGACCAUAAGUGGUCCUCCGGAGGGUCCACCAUGAGACCCGUGGACCAAAAGUGGUCCUCCAGAGGGUCCAAUCAGGUCCUCAAAGUGUAAAAAUUACAGAGAAGACAUUAAAUGCAGAUUGUAAAUUAGUAAAACUAUAAAUUUAAAUUCAUUUCUAGACCAUGACGAGCUUUUUGGUCAUGAAGUAAAAUACUAGAUUGUUCUCGUUUUUGUCAUUUUUGGUGUCGUUUUGUGUCAUUUGUGUAAUUUUUUUGUCUCAUUUUUAUCAUUUGUCAAUUUCUUUGUUGCUUUGAAACUUCUUUGCCUUUUUUUGUUUUGUUUCAUGUCGUUUGUCUAAUUUUUUUUGUCAUUUUCUGUCUCAUUUUUGUCAUAUUUUGUCAUGUUGUUGUUGUUUAUCGUCUUUUUGUCUGAUGUUUGUGGUUGUGAUCCUCCAGUAAAUCCUCCAUGGUUCAGCUCCAGGUGACUAAAUGUUGUGUUCCUUUGUAGACACUCUGUGAUCUGGAAGUUGUAAUGUGGAAAUGAUAAACUGAGGAUGGAUGUUGGUGAAACUCAAUUUAUUUUUCUUCAUAAAUGUCAGGUUGUUCAUGAUGUUUAGUAAAAAGAUAAUUCCUUAAAUGUGAACACUUCUACAGUAAAACAAAGGAACCAUCAGGA